GGAGGGUAUACUUUUCUACCCCUAAAGCAACCAAUUGGACAAAAACCUAUGUUGGUAAUCUGUGACUAGAACCAAUACCGUUUCAGUGUUAUAUUUCAACAUGGCGUGAGGUAGAACUGUCAUACCAAUGUGCUUGCUGGCAAAAACAGAAAAUGUAACUUAUGUUGUGUGAUCUUUUUAAAAUUAUUGUUUCUGAAAGUUCUUCAUGUUAAACAUGGGCCGGUCUGAGACGAUCCGCGCUUGUGUGGUAUAUAUCGUGUCAGGUGGAUUGUGACCUAUGACUAUGAAUGUUGUUUAAGAGACACGAUGAAGCAUGUAAGAAAAGAGAAAGAACUGUUAUGGACGGUGUUGGCCCUGCUUCUUUAUGUUCAAGAAAUUGAUUUAUUAGAACAGACAGUUAAUUGUCCACCACAGUGUGUAUGCACCAAGGUUCGAUCGCGACCUACUGUGGUCUUCAAGUUGAAGUGUGGAGGUGGAGAUAGGAAAGUUUCUUCAAUUGAGGAAUUAAAUCUGCAAGACUUUCCAUUGGAUAUAUUUUAUUUGGACCUUUAUGACAAUAACAUCAUGCAUUUGCCUCGGGAUGCCUUCUCAUAUCUGCCAAUGUUACAAAAACUGAAUUUAAGCAGAAGUCAUAUCCAUACAAUUGAUAAUGAGGCAUUUUCAAAUUUAACAACUCUGAAAAGAUUGGAUUUAUAUGGCAACAGGUUGAAGAUUAUUAAUGCACUCACAUUUGUGGGACUGGAGAGUUUAGAGAAACUGGUGUUAAGCCUGAAUUCUAUUGGUAGGAUACAAGAUGGAACAUUUGAUGAACUGGUCUCUUUGAAGCAGCUGGAUCUGUCAGGCAACCCUCUGAUAUGUGAUUGUGAGCUUGGAUGGCUGCUGGAAUGGGCUCGAAAUGUGUCUGUAAAAUUAAUUUCAUCACCAAAAUGUGGAGGACCUCCCGCUUUAAGAGGACAGCCCAUCCGCAAGCUGCAACUAGAUACAGACUUCCAUUGCAAUUGGACUUUGGCUGGAUCAGGCAGUGGAACACUGUUGGAACUGGAACCUGCUCACAGUCAGGUUGUGUUUGCCGGUGAUUCUCUGAAACUGCGAUGUCGAGCUCCAACUGCUGGGACUAUGGUAGGUGAGAGGAGUAUUGCUAAUGUAGUUUGGAUGUGGGGUGGUCAGGAUCCAGCUGAAGUAUUUGAAGAAAUUCGUGUUAAAAACCGUUACAUUGCAGACAGCGGUUUAGUUGAAAGCUCACUUAGCAUCCAGCACCUUCAGCACGACCACAGUGGAAAAUGGAAUUGUAGACUUGUGUCAGAAGAAGGAAACCAAACACAAGCUAUUUCAGUGAUUGUUAUCUCUGAAGACACUCGUUAUUGCCCGCAGACAGUGACCUCAAAUAACAAGGGUGUGUACACGUGGCCAAAGACAGUUGUAGGGUACACAGUUGAGCUUCAGUGUGAGGGAGAACAACUGAGUGGUAUUGGAUUUAGACCACCUUUCAGGGCUCGAUAUACCUGUGCAGAAUCUGGAAUUUGGGAGCAGCUUAAUACAACUAUAUGCCCUUACGUGAGUGAGACCACCAAGAUUCUGGAGCAGUUUUCCAAGGUAAAUCUAAGCGUAGCAAAAGGCAGUGUGUUGGAGAGUGCAAAACGAUUAAAAAACUUCACUAGCAAUGACAAACAACUUCAAGAUAAAAUGGAUGUGGUGUUCAUCUCUAAAACUAUUGAAAAUUACCUGGAAUAUGUUACAAAAGAGAGAGAGUUGGGUUCGCACCUUGUGGAUGUUGUAAGUACACUUAUGCACCUGCCAAAAGAAUUGCUGACUGCCGCACAAGAAGAGGAUCAUGCAUGCACUCGCUUAGUAAGGGCUGUGGAGCUGAUAGCAGAGUUCACUCCUUCACUGCACAAGUCAAACCUGGCUGUAGAGGAGUACCGUGUGAACAGAGAGAGAUUCAGUGGUCUCUCAUGCACGUGGUAUACGCACUCAGGAAAAAAUGCUGGUCAUCUGUUCCACUGUUCUACCAGCAAUACAUCAGCUUUACUUGGGUCUAAGGUCAUAGAAGCUUCUAUCCAUGUACCAGCGUCUUUGUUUUACCAACUUGAGGUGCAAGGAUACUCUUUUAACUCUGAACAGCAGCUGUUGGUAUCCAUGUAUGAGAACAACAAAUUGUUUCCACGAAUCCACCCAGACUCAUCCCAACAAGAUGGUAGAGAUAUUACAUCAUGCGUCAUUGGCACAAAAUUAGUGGGGAUGGAGGUUCAGAAUUUAACACAUCCUGUGUAUGUAAUGCUGAGAGCCCCAUUGCUUUACCACUCAUCUGGCUCGCCCAAACCUGUGUGGUGGGAUGCAUCCCUAAACAAUGGUACAGGUGGCUGGAGUCAAACAGGAUGUCAGUUGUCUCAUCUCUUACAUGGUCUGUUGGUAUUCCAAUGCAACAGAUUUGGCUACUUUGGUCUCUUACAGAAAGAUGUCUUUCUCUAUGACUACAUGGGAAGGGUGGCUGGAGCCAAAUUUAGAUUUUCACAUCCUGCAGUUUAUGUUGGCAGCGCAAUUGGAGUUAUAAGCUUGAUGGUGGCCAUUGUAACAUAUGUAAUCUGUCAUGCUUCUAUUCAGAUGUCAAAGAAAACAAAACACUCGCUGGUCAACACUUGGAUUGCAGUUGCUCUCCUUUGUUUUAUGUACAGUUUGGGUAUCCAUCAAACAGAAGAUGUGAAAAUAUGUCAAGGAGUUGGAUUGCUCCUGCAUUAUUUAACAUUAUCAUCUUUAUUAUGGAUGGCUGUUACAGCCAGCAAUGUGUACAAGAGGCUGAACAAAUCAGAUUCGUUAGACUCUGCUCCUGAAGAUGAACUUCCUCCUGACCAGCCAGUGGCUCAGAAACCUCUCCUCGGUCUAUAUCUGGUGGGCUGGGGCAUUGCUCUUAUUGUGUGUGGCAUAUCAGGUGCAGUGAACAUGAGGGACUAUGCAGGCUAUUCGCAUUGCUUUCUUAUGCCAGGUCCUGCUCUCAGUGCAGUGUUUGUCCCCAUGGGAGUGUUAGUCUUAUUCCUCAUGGUCUUCUUUCUCCUCAUAUAUUGUGGUAUUCAGAACCUAGACACCAAUGGACAGCUUUCUGAAGGUACCCAAGUGACAGAAAAUGUAGAUUUGGAUUUGUUGGAUUCCAACAUUAUGACCACAGCAACAAUAGAGCACGCAAGUAUGCGCAGUGCAUCAACUCCAACAGCAUCUAGUGAUGUUGAAGAUAUGGAACAUUCACCACUGAGCCAAUUGAAAGCUCACGUCAUUGUCCUGCUUUUGUACCUCUUGAUGUGGAUCUCUGCUGCAUUUGCAACUGCCAGGCCAUUUCAGAAUUAUCUCUCGUAUGAGGAGAUUAUUUUUAGCGUUCUGUAUGGUCUGUUGGCAUCGUGUUUGGGAAUGUUUAUUUCAUUCUACUACUGCAUAGCCAGGAGUGAUGUACGAGCUCAAUGGCACCUGAUGGAAUGCUGGUGCAGAAGGCGACGUGGUCGUUGUUGCCGUACCAGGAGUAUCUCUGACACCAAUCCAACGCUUCCAACUUCCCAACCACUUGCACCAAUUACUAAUGUUGGACCAUGCACUGGUAAUCAAGCCCAACCUGUAUCAAGUUCUAACAGUAUUAAUUCCUCUGCCCACACUGCCAAGUCCCAUAAUAGCAGUGUUGCCAAAGCUGCAGUUGAGUUGAAUGGAACAGCGAAAUUUGAUUUUGAGUCAGGUGGGAAGAUAUCCAAUGUUAACUUGGUAGUUCUUCACAGACAACAAUAUCGUUCCAACAACAGUGUCACAACAUUUACUGAAGCAUCUGGAGCAAGUGGAGCAGAGAUGUUCUACAACCCUCAUCAGAGUACAGUAGCGCGCAAGUUCUUCAGGAAGCAACGUCGACACAUGAAACACAACAAUUUAGGAGCACGGAGAAGGGGUGAUGGUGGAGGGGGUACAAGCGAUGGUGGUUCCAACACUCGAGCUGAAAGUGCCGUAUUUCUUUCUUCAGACAUGGAGAAUGCUAGUGGCAAUGUAGCAUCCAGUAUUUAUGCCCAAGGUUCGAAAGUUAAUAACACAAACAUUCACAUUGAGCAUCCACAUCACUCUUCUCGACACAAGGAUUCUAAGUCACAGAAUCCUAAUAUUUUGACUGAUAGUGGAGGGGAUGAAGGUGGUGUCGAUAGCCAUGGAUUGCCAUUGGAGAGGUUGGUGAUUGGUGCCGAAGAGUCUAGCACUUCAGCUCCAGUGAACAACGAUGGGACAGCUAGGGUUCCUAGCUCUUGUUCUGGCUCAUUGCCAUCAGACAGAAUUAAUUCAGUUGAUGAAAUGCCAGAUGUAACUUUGAUGACAACAGAGUUCAGUGAAGUGGUAAAUGAAAUACAACAAGUUAAAGACAAAGGUGACCAUAAUAUAAAGUGUUGUUCAGACAGUUCGUGUUGCAAACUUCCAAUACAUAGGACAUCUAGUAGUGCACUGACAGCUUCAUGCGCUGCAGAGAAUCACAAGACUGAAGCCCAGCAUGAAGCUGUCAGCAGAAAUGACAGUCCAGAUGUGUGUAAGGAUUCAGUGGUUUGGAAUGCCAACUGCAGUGAAACUAGUGCACAUCUGAAUACUGCAAGUAUGGACUCCGAGCAUAAAUUUCUUGGCCAUAAUUGUUCUGCUUUGUCUGAUAGUGAUUUAAAAAGUAACCUGGUAAAACAUGUAUGUCAUAAUUAUCUGCAUGGGAAGAAUCAGAAACAUUCAAAACAAGACAGAUGUUACAGUGAUGUUGAUAAUGUUGAGACAGGCGAGGUAUUUGUUGGAAAGCAGAAACCUGAGAUUUUUCUGAAGAGAAAGAAAUUGAGUUUACCAUCUAGGCAGUUAACAGGGUAUGAUUGUGAAGAAGGUGUAGAAACUGUUGAUGUGCCAACACUAAACAAAAAGGAGACCAGUGUCUAGAAUGGGAUAUUUCACAUGCCACAUAUGAACAAAAGACACUGUGACCUACUGCUUUAAUCAUAUAUUAUACCAAGGUAAGCUACUACUUGUAGAACCUAUAAAGAAAAAAUGAUACUCUGAUAAAGCAUCAAAGACAUACAUAAUAACCCUUGAAAGCACAAAGUUUAUCUAAGUACUAUAAAAUUAAUUUUAUACCUCAAAGAAAAUGCAUUUCCGUUAUGAAGGUAAGUUGAUGAUGUUUAGGAAAAUAAUUGCUAUUUGUUCUUAAAAUUAUAUAAAACUCAUAAAUAUGCUCUGUAAGCAAAAUGCUCAGUUAUUGAAUGUUUAAGCAGGUGGUACCUUUGUGCUUUAAAGGGAUAUAAGGUACUUUAAGAAAUGCUGUUUUUGGUUCUCUCGAAGAUAGAACUUCCAAGAGUGUCAGUGCCUGCAGUAUAUUAAGUUUUUUUCCCCUAAGGAAAUGUUUUUAUUUUCUUUUAUCGUGCCAUAUUGUCUUAUGAAAUAUGCAAAUUCAAAUAAAACUGCAGUGCACGGAGCAGACUGAGCAACAGAUUAAAUAAUAGUGUCAACAACAGCUAACUUGGAAGUAAUUACACAUCAGGUGCCAAAAUCAGGUGCUUGCAAGAUGGUGUCUAAUUUGUCAGAGUUAAAAAGAAAAGUUGAUCAGCCACAAAAAGAAUUAGGACAGAACAUGGGAAAUUCAAAUUAAAUAGCACGUGUUUUGUGGGAAUAAAUUACUAAAAUUGUAGGAAAAUUAAUGGGGCUGAAAAGUAAAUUACGUAAAUGACAGGAAGAUGUGUAUUCCAGGAUUAUAAAUAUGGGGUUUUACUCUGUUUUUUUAAUGCAGUCACCAAGUUACCUGUUUUAGGUAUUUCUGACCUUACGUUCACUGCCAGUUUAUGUUCGUAUGUUCCUUAAAAUGCCAUGAACUGCUCACCUCUGUGGUAAUAUAUCUGAUUUUGUAGGCGUAUAUAUUAUUUUCCAUGAUAUUGCUUAGAUCUGAUUGGGCUAAUAUGCCUGUAAAGGAUAGAGUAAAGUCACAAACUACGAUGCAUCACAUCUGUCAAGGAUGGAGGUCAGUUUCAGUGUUGGUACUGAUAUUUGAGGGAUAUUGCAGUUUAGGUCAUAAUACCGAUAUGAUAUUGGAAGGGGGUGCAAUUUAGACAAAUGUUUAAUAUUCCUCGCUAGUAUGACAGUAUGAUGACAGUGUACUUCACAAGGAUAGUGAAUUUCCUUGCAAAAAUAGUUUCUCUGUAUGUGCUCCAGAUGAUAACAUUUUAUAGCUAUUUUGAAAGUUGCCAGACAUUGAAACAUCUGAUAAGUUGCUGUCUGCAUGUAAGGAGAUACUCAGAAGUUAUUAGAAUAUAUUUAUAAAAUAAGAUUUAUUUAAGUGAUAAAAUGUUGCAUUGUCCUCUUCAAAGUACUUCGUUGGGAGUUAAUACACCAAACCAAGGGCUUCAAUCAUUAGUGGAAGCUUGUCUUUUGCAGAACAAUUAAGUACCUGCUGCAAAUUUUUCUGAAUCUCCAAGACAUUAAAUGUAAUUUCUUUGAGCUUGUUUCUUUGAAAAGAGUAUGUAGCAGAGAUGAAGGUCUAAGGAGUAAAGGUGUGAAAGAUUGCAGUCAUCAUGUUCUUGUUCAACAGAUGACUGUGAGCAGGUGCGUUGUCAUGAUUAACCACCCAAUCUCCAUUUCUCAGGGUGGUUUUGGUGGACUUUUCUCUGUAGAAGCUAUAGCAUGUCUCUGUUUGUUGGUAGUUUGACCUGAGAGAUUGAAUUUAUGAUGCUUAACCCUGUCACAUUUAAAAAAAACACUCCAUAUGUUCUUGCCAUUCGAUGAGACUUGUCUUGCCUUGUUUGGACAUGGUAUCUGCAGAAAGUUUCAUUGUGAUUACUGAUUUUUUUUUUCUGAUUUGUACCUAUCUUCUUCAGAGGCUCUUUGUAAUAUGCCACAUGUUUAAGAAGCAGUUUUACCAAUCUUGAAGCAAAACUUUUAUGCAUAUUCUUUGUCAUCUUAAGUCAAUUAUUUAAGUAUACUGAAAAAUAUGUAAUACACACGUUCAUUGAACAGCUUCAGAUGUAUGACAGUAAAACAUGUGUGGCAAACUACUUGUCAAAGUAUAUUUGCUAUCUCCAUUUAGCUGGAGAAGUCUUCAUCAUUACAGAGCAUUCUCAUAAAUUUUUGGUUUUGUCUCUUCAGUUGCUGACUACAUAUGAAUACAAUUUAAUCUGGUGAAUAGUGGUAAAGGUUGAUAAUUAUGUCAUCUCUUUAUUAUGACUUUAUUUGCUGGUUUUGCAUUUGGAAAGAAGAAGGGUCAUGAAAAUUUUAUAGUAAUAUUGUAUAUCUAUUAACCUCUUGUAUUUCCAUCUUGCAUUCAGUCCAGUGAGUCUGAUAUUAUAUAUAGUCUGUUAAUAUAAGGACUGUAACAAAUAUAAUUUAAUACUCUGUGAACAUAAUAA